GGCUAAACUCAGCUCAGCUCGCGUGGAUGCGGUUCAGCUCAGAACUCUUUGAACCGUCAGCCGUGGCGAACCAUUUUCCGAGCCGAGUUGAGCUUGAGUCGCGUACGUACGUUCGUUGUUCUGUACGGGAGCGCUUGCACUUUUUUCUUCGGUCUGUUGGUCGUCAUGGAGUGAUUGUGGGUGAAUCUGCUCGGGAGUUUUUUUUCCCCUUAGAAGACAAAAGAUCGCGAAAAAAAAGGGUGAAAAGUGAGCACUUGUGUGUGCGAGUUUCAAAAAAGAAAAGCUACGGCCGAAGGGUUAGUCACUUUAAAAGUGUUCGAAGAGUGCGAAAAGUGAAGUUUGCAAAAAUCUACUAUUAGCUAAACAGAUCGAGCGCAUCGCGGGAACUUUCACUGUGGCGCGCAAAAAUAGCAGAGCUCUGGUCCAUCCUGGCGGAAAGAAGCAAAAUAAAAAUCGCGGCAGUGUGAUUGGCACAGUGAAAUAUACCGAAUUUGAUGAUUACGUGACUAAACGGCCGGUGACCGUCAGGCUCGGAGAAGACGAUUCGAGGAAUUAUUGCAUAAACCGCUUUUUUGUGCAUAGAGACUGUCGACCCAAAAACCACGUUGACAUUCGAGGGGAAACACAUCAUCUCAACCAUCAUGAACCACAAUCCAAACCUGAGCCAUUAUAUCUCCAACAAAUUCGAAACACUGCAGUCAAUGUUGGGUGGAAAGCCAAAACCGGACACGAGAAGCAGGGCAUUGCAGAGGGAGGCGUUUUUCGAAAAGUUCGGCACCCGACUGAGACAGCGAUCGCGUCACUUGGAGCUGCAAACGAAACGCGAGGUCACUCCCCAGGAUGAUACAGCGGAAACGCAGGAACUGUUUGGGGGAACAACACCCGCCCAGGUUAAUCCGUCAUCUGCCAACGGCAGCGCGGCUACUGUUGCCAAUCAUCAUCAAGAUGUUCCCACAGCUGAGGCCAACACGACGAUGCUGGGCACGAUGGAGGCGGACGCGGUCGAGGACCUGUACGAGAAGGUCCUGAUGGAAAUUGUUCACGGAAACAUCAAUCACAGUGAUGUCUCGGAGAAGGCUCUCUUCUCCUACGCCCAGGACGUGUUCAACAUGAACGAGAAAGCACACGAGGAGAUUUUGAAGAAAGCCCGCGUCAAACCAGCUUCUGAGGUGCAUCUCCGGGUGGAACUGGUCGAGGCCAAACUCACCGAACGAGCAACCGUCACCGGUGCUUUGAACGCGUUUGUGAUAAUGUACUUGCAAACCGGAUUACCGGACGUGGUGCGCAGUACAAUUCAGGAAAACACCAACAAUCCCAAGUGGAAGGAGUGCUUCACGCUACCAACCAGUGAAAACAGUAACGAGAAUCUUAUUUUGGAAGUAUUCCAUCAUGACUGUAACAUGACAAAGGUUACCAAGACAGUUAGGGUAUGCCAGAAGUAUGCAUUGAGCUGCGUCAAGCCGAGAUCUUCAUAUCAGAAGUUGAUUGGGCGGACCAGUAUACCAGUUGAGUCGAUAAGCUCAUCGGGCCUUGUAAUGUGGUACUCGCUGAACAAAACCAAGCGCACCGAUCCACAAGGUACAAUCAAGCUGAAAUUUCACUUUAGCUCUGCUCAAAACAAGGAACAAGCCAUCGAACAGCAUGAAAUGCUCACCAAACUGUUUCUGGAGUACGAACUAAACAGUUCCAGCGUGGCCCGGUACUGGUGGUCGGGCAAGUUCACCGCAGCAGGAGAAGCCAUCCUCAACCAGCACGCCAUUUGUGCCGAUUUGACCGCGACAGAAAAGGUGCUCAUCUACUGGAAUGCAUACACCACGAUCCAUGUUACGUACCGAGUGGCGUUCGGUCUCUUUCAAGGAAUGCUCGAGAAGAUUUGCCCCCUCGUGCGGAGCAACUCGAUCUCACCGGGCGACCUGAACAAGUUCUGGAACGGUGUUCAGCUGCUGCUGCCUUCCUGUUUGGCUGUGAUAAUGAAACUCCGCAAGCGAAUCGCUGGCGACAAUGACAUCGUAAAGACUGUAACCUCGGUGCUGCACAUUUUGGACAAGGUGGACAGCAUAAGGGAAACGAGCAACAUACCACUAUUUCCACCAGAAAAGUUUGAGCACUUUAAACACAAGCUCGAACAAAAUCCCAACAUUUCCAUCCAUGACGUGGUGCUGCUAGCAGUACGAACAGGUGCUAAAAAAUGGUUCGACGAGGCCGUUUCCAACACCAUGAAGGCCACUUUUUCCGACGAAGAAAAGCUCACAGGCUCCAUAAAUCUGAUCCAAUUGCUUCAGAGUGAUAUAAUUCGAGCAACUUCUUACUACAACAGCCCGUUCAAAAGCAUUCUAGACAUCGAGUACACACGUGAGCUGUGCAAGCAACACGAGGCAAGUGUCGUAGCUCAUCUCAAGCCAAUCGUGGAGAAAAUGUGCAAAGGGUUCAAGAAGCUCACGAUUCGACUGGAUCAGCACAACCGCGUCGGAGAAAUGGAACAGCUUGAUAUGAGCACGACGUUGUUCGAGCUGUACAUCGUGCUGCGGCUGUUCAUCAUGGAAACCGACAAAGAACUAAGCUUAGCUCACAACCCAGAUAUUAUCAACUACCACGUUUGGUUCAGCAAAGGCAUUUCGCAUUGGAGUGACGUAUUUGCCAUGAAGGCGCUCGCCAGACUGAGUCAAGCGAUCGAUUGUGACACGCUGGAAGUGGUUCCCGGUUCCCGGCAGUCCGUUUCGGCGGCAGAAUUUUUGUCGAUCGUACGCCAAAUGCGAGCCUUCUGGGAAGAGCUGGCGUGGCCCGACCCACAGGAGCUUAAUCGAUUUCUCAAGAGGAGCAUCGGGGACAUUUGCAGCUGCUGUGUUUACUAUGCAGAUCGCAUUUCUACGAAGCUUCGACCACCACUGGAUACAAAAUCCGUUGAUGCGUCUUCUUCCCUAGAAAUGGUACAGAAGUGCAACUUGGUCAACUCUAAUCUCUCCAUCCUGAUUGAGGUGUUGACCAGCCUUCCCGAUGAUGUGGGCUACUGCCAGGUCGAUAUCAAUGCUAAUAACGAGCAACAGCAGCUUGAGCAAACACUUCCGAUAAAUGGACUGAGUAGUUGGAAAACGAAAACUCUCAAACUGCUGGUUGACCGUUGUAUGGCUUUCCUUAAAGUGAAAAUGGAAGAUUCGUUGAACAACUUUGAACGCGUGAAAGGAGAAACAGAGAACUUUACCAAUAAAACAUCGACGAUGAUUAAAAGAGAUCUGCAAGAUUCUGACUUGCGCUUGGUUGAGGACGAAUUGUGGAAAGGAAUUACCACCGAAAUAAGUGCCAUCAUUAAACGCUCAAUUGAUAAAAAAGCAUCCAUUUCAUCGUUCGGUAAUCUAAAAGAUUUUUAUGCAAUAAUUGCUCAAGCGUACCUUCCCGAGCUGCAGGAUCUUCAAGACCAUAAAAUACUCAGUGAAAGACUGUUCACAAUCGAGAAACAACUGUACCUGUACAGUAGCAGCACACGUGACCUUAUCCACCAGUACUAUCUGGCUUGCCUGCAUGCACAAAAUCGGCUCGACGAACCGGAUCGGGGUGUGCUGACGGUGCGGUGUGCCUUCCGGAAUGACACCCUGGAAAUCCAAAUGAUCGGAGCGGAAGACAUUAAACUGCCGCUUGAUUUCAAGGGAUCUUGUGAUUCGUACGUAAAGCUCAACCUGGUUCCUGGGUACAAAUUUUCGAGCGUCACAAUGCCUAAAACGCGGACCAAGUCCAAAAACCAAUCGCCGACGUACAACGAAAAAUUCGCACUCAAACUAUCGGAGGAACAGCGCAACAUCCCGGACGCACUGCUAGCGUUCAACGUAAAAGUGUCCGAAAUGUUGGGCCUCUCACAGAGACAUGUUGGCGAGUGCUUCAUCCGGUUGGACAGCAUUCCUACGCUGGAAUCCGAUCGCGACAUCAACAGCAUUGACAUCCAGCAACUGUUCCUCACCAUGCCUGAGAAUAUCGAGUCCGAUUGCAUUCCCGUGCUCGAAUACCGACAAAAUGACAAAGAAGCCGUUCAAUUCUUCAAAAAACUAAAGCAAAAGCUAGGCAAAGCAGCCUACACUGGCAGUGUGAUCAGCAUCUUUUAAGUUUAUCAACCGUUUUGACAUCGAAAAGAAAGCGCAUUUAUUAAAUAUGACUAACGUUACUACCAUAGAUAUUUGCUUGUUCGUUCAUUUGAACUGAAAA